GAUCAAUUACUGGGAUCAUUGAACCUGAGCUUUAAGAUCCAGUGGGGUCCCCUGCCCCCAGAGUCCCCACUCCUCUGUAGAGCCAACCCAGGUGGUUUUGCAGAUCGAACACGUCUGCUGCCAUUAUAUUUGCUUUUCUUUUUUCUUCUGCAGUUCGGUGUUCAACCAUAAUAUGCCUUUCAUUUUCUUCACCAUCCUAAGUACGCAUCCUCUUCAUCACCACCACCAUCUCAACGUUGACAUAGAAUCUACACUAUAUUAUAAGCACCCAGCAGCACCCUUCUUCUUCCUCUAAUUUCCUCUGCACACCCAACUCUUGGCUCUGAAAUUUCCAGCUUCCAUAAUCCUAUUUAUUUAUUUAUAAUUUUAAUUUUAAUCUUUUUUUUCUUGGGUUUCUUGGUAUUGGAUUGGGCGAUCGAGGUCUUUGUGUUUGUCAGUUUGUCACAUCCCUUUGAUUCUUGACGUGCGUUGGUGAACGUGAAAGGGUCAGAGACCAUUAACUGGGUGUGCAGAGUAAAAGGCCGUCCCUAAUAAUAGGGGACCCCCAAAACCUCAGCCUCCACGUCACCUUCUGUCACCAUACCCCCUGUAUUCAUAUUUAGAGCUCCAUAGAGCAAACCCAUCGGCAUUAAAGUUCCAUUUUGCACCUGAAACACCCAAAAACAGAGCAACCCAACAAAAAACAGAGCAAAUCAACGGAAGGGUUCUUAUAAAUUUGGAGUCUUGAGAUCACAUUCGAGAUGGGUAAUUGCCAAGCGGCGGAGGCGGCGACGGUGCUGAUUCAGCACCCGGGAAGCAACAAGGUGGAGAGAAUUUACUGGUCUGUGAGCGCCCAUGAGGUCAUGACUUCCAACCCAGGCCACUACGUGGCUCUUCUCAUCGCCUCUCCCACCAUGAAGUCUGAGAAUGGGGCCCCUGUGAAGCAGCUCAAGCUUCUCAGACCAGACGACACUCUGCUUAUUGGACAGGUUUAUCGCCUCAUCAGUUUCGAAGAUGUGUUGAAGGAGUUUGCUGCUAAAAAAUCUGUGAAGCUGGGGAAAUUGCUGAAGGAUACAGGCGGGCCUGGCCUGGAAAUGAGGAUGAAAGACUUGGGUGGUCCGAAUCCAAAUCCAAAUUUGAAGUCCGAGAACCACAACUCCAUCAAGAUGGAGCGUGUGAGAAGCAAUGGUGGCAGCAGUAGCACAAGCAGCAGCUACAGAAAUGUGGCAAGGAAUCACGGAGGUGGAGGUGGUGGUGUUGGGGGGCAAUGGAGGCCAGCCUUGCAGAGCAUUGCAGAGAUUGGAACUUGAAAUAUAUAUACGCACCACAUGUACGAUCAUGAAUCAUGAUCUCAUCAGAGCCCUUGAUUUCUCUGCAUGUCAAUUUCUCUCCCACCAAUAAAUUCGAAAAACCAUCAGAGCAGCAGCAGCUCUUUCUCCAGUACCUUCAUAUUCUCUUUUGCUGUUUUAGACGAUAGGCCUUUGCUAGCUAUAGUCCGAUAGGGUUCCAGAGUUUGAUGUCAUGUAUGUAACUCGUUCAACUUGGACACGUAUACGACUCUUGCAGAUUAGAUUAACCCUUUUCUUUGAUUGUAAUUAGCUGCAAGUCAUGCACUUAAUUUCCAUUUUGUUAGGUUAA